AUGGCCCUGUCGGCGACGCCCAAGAUCGUGUCCAGAAAAGUUUUCAACGAGGACUACACCGCGUUCUGCCGUAGCAACACCUCCCACAGGGUCCCGCCCACGGAUGAGCUGCCCAUCAGAGACGACAUCGACUAUAUCGUCAGCGCAGGGAACCUGACGGACGCGGCGUUCAGAGAGUGCUGCGCCCCCUACGCAGUGAACGUCAUCCAGAACUGCUACAUAUGGUGCCAGCUACCCUCAAAGUAUCUUCAGGGUUCCGGCACGAGCGAUAAAGAAAACUGGGCACUGAGGCAGUUCCUCCGCUGCGCUCAGCGCGAAGGCCGGAACCAGAGUGGCGUGUACAGCGUCAACGUAGAGAAGUCUGGCUCUUCGCGCGCCCUCGUGGGUGGAGAUAAGCCGAGGCUUUUGGGAGCAGCGAUGGUUGCGUUGCUUGUGAGCGGCCUCCUGUGCUCUGUUGCAUGA